UGUGAUUUCAUUUCUUCUUCCUCUUUUAAAAGCUAUUCAGCGAGCAACAUCAGAUGGUUCAGCGUUGCAAAGCAGAACGCAAGCCUGAACCUUAUACAAUACAAUGCCACCUCCAGUGAAACCUCCCCGUGGAAAAUAUGGAAAAGAUGAGGCUGGUUGUGGUUUCCUGGUAAAUGUGAUUAAAUCUCUGGGAUUCAGCGAAACCAAUGAGGAGCGUCAAAAGGAAAAGCAGAAAAUUGAAAAGGAAUUCAAACUUUCCGAUCAACGUUUAAAUGAUUUAGUUUCCAACCAUGAUCAUGAACUAUCGCAAGUGAUACCCUUGUUCACUCAAGUUACGACUGAAAUAGCUGCAAGUCGUGAGCGAAUACACGCCGUAAAGGAGAAUUUAAGUGCCUGCAAACGUUUGCUACAAUGCCGCCGAGAAGAAUUAAAAAAAAUGUGGACAGAUGCUGUGCAACAUAAGCAUGUAUUGUCCAUGCUGGAACAAAUCAACGAUUUACGUAAAGUGCCUCAAAUUGUGGUCAAUUAUACCUCUAAGCGCCAGUAUUUGCAUGCCAGUAAAACUUUAAACGAUGCUUUAACAUUGAUUAAUGGUCCUCUCCAAGAAGUUGAGGGUUUAAAUGAUUUGCGUAGUGACUUAAUUGUCCGGCGGCAGCUUUUAUAUCAACGUUUGCAUGAGGAACUUGUGCAGCAAUUAUAUUACAAUUCCGCCAAUGAAGUAAUGUUAGCUUUCCAGCGAAGUAAUUUGAAUCGCUUAAACACAAAUUUUACUCGCGGAAUGGGAACAAGGCGUUCUACGGAUCGUAUCGAAGCUACCUCGCGAGUACGUCAAGCUUUAAAGGAAAUGUCCCAAGGUGUAAAUUUGCUACAGUCGGAAAUAAUUGAAGAUGUCGAUCUAAUAGACCCUGAACUUAGCAUGAUCUAUUUUAUAGCUGUUAUUUUGGAAUGUUUCGGGAUGUUGGGCAAAGUAUCGGAAGCGUUAGAAAAAAUACGUAUUGGCAUCCAAACGGAAUUGCUGGAAGUUGUACAUAACACUACUCACCAUAUGAUAGAACAAAAUUUGCCUUCGAAUGAACAAUAUCCAUUGCUAACACUUUUGGACAUAAUUUUUAAACAAUUCAAGGCCAUUGCCAAAACGCAUGCCUUGGUUUUGAAAAACUUCUUAGCCAUAGUUCAAAAAUAUCAAGUAGUCGGUUCACAGCCCUACGAUUUAACACAUUUUUGGUCCCAAGCACAGUCGGUGUUGCAAUUGCUAUUAACUGAUUAUUUGGAUAUACAAAAUGCUUCCGCGGAUGAUGAUAUUCAAAAUUCAUACAUUGAACCUAUCCGUAAUAUGAACUCUUACUUUCUGAGGCGUAAAGUUUCAAGUAUUAAAAAGUCUUUAUUCAAAUUUGAUAAAUCUGCCAACCUAAUCCACAAAAACUGUAGUUUAACAGACACAGCAGAUCCUAUACAAAAAGAACACAGGCGUAAUGCUUCGGAUGUUUCUAAUGACAAUUUAAAUUUUAUAUUAAAUGCCAGUACCAGCAAAUCAGCUGGAAGCAGUUUUAAAGGCAGUCAAACAAACGAUCAACUUCGCCAAAAAUUGUUAAUUUGUAGUCCGGAUCAAGGUGUCAUAACCAAAGUGUAUUUGCCUUUAAUGACUUAUAUACAAGAAAUCGAGGCUUUCAUGAAAUGCAAACCGGGACAACCCUGCAGUCUUCAUGACUUUAUAGACAACUACAUUAAAGAAACUUUCCUUUCAAAGGGUCAUAACUCCAACUUACAGGUGUGCAUCGAUACAUUGUCAAAAAAUCAGGAAGUGUGGCGUGCGAUUGUAAGUGCAGAAGAAAUGAAAGAACUCAAUUUGACUCGACCUGUCUUAAAAUCUACUGCUCGAGUAGAGAGAUGUUUAAUGGAGACAAAACAUUUGAUACAAGAUUUACCCUGUUUCUCAGAGGAGCUAUUGAAAACUGUUUGCUGCUUGUUAAAAGAUUAUCGUGAAAUUUGUCAGGCAGCCUACCGAGGCAUAGUCCAACCUGAUACUGAGGAUAAAAGAAUUUACAGCGUAGCCUGGUUAAAAGAUGAAGAUAUUAGCCGUUUCUUAAAAACUCUGCCGAACUGGACUGAUUUAAAAAGUUCCAGUCACCGUUUAAGGCAAGGUAAGAAACUACAACGCCACAAUUUCGAAGCCUCCGAAGAGGAAAGUCCCCUGCAAGUGCAACAACGUAAUAUACGCGAGGCGGAAAUGUUAACUAGCAAUUUGGGAGAGGGAGGCAUUUCGCAACAGGAAAUUUUAACUGAUAUCUCCGUUCUAAAGGAACUAGCUAUACUGCAAGAAAGCAUGGAAUGGUUUUCAAUGCAAAUUUCUGGGUUCGCAAAUGAACUCAGGUGCCCUCUAGUUAAUGGCUUAAGCGCUGUACCGGAUUGUGGUGCAUAUGUAGCUGUUAAAGAUGGUACCAUAAAAGUGCUAACUAACUUGGCUUUAGAGUUUGAUGAAUUAGCAAACGUUUGUUUGUUGGUACUACAUUUGGAGGUGCGAGUACAAUGCUUCCAUUAUUUACGUACUAAUCCUCAAAAUGGCAGAGUGGAUAGUUUUAUAAAUAGUAAAGAGGAUGUUUUGGAACCAGAUAGGCAAGUACAAAUAUUGACAAAACGUUUAGCUGAAAUGGAUGAAGCGUUUAGUGCGACCUUACAUGCGCGGAAAACUAGGUACAUAUUUGAAGGUUUGGCUCAUUUAGCAGCCCGCAUACUUAUACAAGCUUCCAAUUAUUUGGAGAACAUUGAUCAAGUUACUGUACAACGAAUGUGUCGUAAUGCACUGUCUCUACAACAAACUCUAAGUAACAUAACGGGCUCCAGAGAAGUGGCUUUAGAUCAAGCAAAACAAUUCUACGAAUUAUUAUGCAUGGAACCGGAUAUAAUAAUUACUACCAUUGUCGAGCAAGGUUCCCAAUUCACUGAAAUGCAAUAUUUAAAUGCCUUACAAUUAUCAUGCAAAGCACGAGGUAUUACUGACUCUAAUACACUGGCUAACUAUCAACAGAGAUUAUCAGAUAUUUUGGGAGCCAAACCUUCCGCUGGUGUUGUCGUAUAAUAAACGUGUUGUUCUAAUUUAAAGUAUUGCAUAUAUACAAACAUACCUACGUAGAAAAGUAUUUAUCUCUGUUGUUUCAAAAAUUCCAGUUUUAUUUAUAGCAACUUGCUUUUAUUUAAGAAUAACAAUAAUUAAUUUUUCAAUAAUGUUAAAUUGAAUCCAGCAUUAAGUUUCUCGUUCAACUGAGCGCAAAAGGAAAAUAAUAAAUAGAUUAGAAAUUUGUACACAAAUGUAGUGUGCACUUACUUACUUAUGAGCAAAGUUAUGAACAUUUUUCGUAAAGAGUAGACAAUGUGCAGUAAUUUUAUAAGAUGUAAUAAAAACACAAAUUCAUUUUAUUGGCUUACAAGAGAAAACAUUUAAUAAGCCCCAGGAAGGCGGCAAUAAAUAGUUUGAAAAUAAAAUAACGUAAAUACGAAUACACACAUAAAUACGAAUGGACACACAUGCAACAACAAACAUAUACGAACAUGCACCUCUAAAAUGGCAUACAAAAGAAAUUUUUUGAUGCACAGCGCAUUUAAUUUGUGAUUUGAUGUGCGUUUAAGUAGAAUUAAAAUAAAAGGUAGGAAACACAAAAUUUUUUCAAAAAUGUCAUUACAUUAAUAAUCAUAACGAUAAUCAUGUGAAUGUGAAGAAAAUACAACAUUGCGUGUAUUUAUUAAAUCAUUCAGCCAUUCUCCACGGAAAAAAUAAACAGGAGUAAAAUUAAGAAGACAUUAAAAAAAACAAUUCAAAAUGCAGAGAAAAAAUGCUUUAUUCGUUACAAAACAAGAAAGAAGCUGUAUACGACUUAAUGGCAUAGUUGGAGAAUUUUGAUAUAGCUGGUAAGUUAAUAGACAGUUGGCUGCAGGGUUUUACGCACAGUGUAUCCAUAUUUUUGCAGGUUGUACGGAUCUAUACAGCAUCCAGAAGGAUUUGAGAUAGGCCCAUCUUUUAUUGUACCAAUCGAUUGACAACGGUCUUCUGUACUUCGGACUUUUGAGAUAUUUUGAUAAAAUUUGAUACGCAGACGCGGCUUGGCCCAGGGACGAACUCUGUUGAAAGUGAUUCGGAACGAAACAUUCUUCCGACCACUUUUUAGAAACGUUCUUACUUGAAAAAGCAUUGUUAUUUACAAGAUUUCGUGACACAAAUAGCCGAGCAAUAGUAUGUCCGCGUUCAAAAUUAAUGUGAAAUGAACAAUCUGGUACGUAUGAGGCGCAUCGCCUUCACGUUCGCCUUUUGUAACUUUAACAUUCUAUCAUUCAUUCAUUCAUUUCUUCCUAU